AUGCUUCCGCAAGCAUUCGUCACUCUUCUUACGGACUCGUCGUACCUACCGGGGGCUCUUGUGUUGCUUCACGCUCUGAAAGAGCUUCAUCCGACCCCAAGAGACUUCAAGAUCGUUUGCCUCAUCAGUCCAGAGACGGUUGACGCCCGGGUUGUCGGAGUUCUUCAGAAUGCUGGGUUUGACCUUGUGAUUGGCGUGGAACCGAUUGCCUCUGGUCGCACGGAUCUGAACCUUGCUCUCACCAAACUGCACGUUUUCCGCUUAGGUUCCAUUUUCUCCACGAUCAUCUAUCUCGACGCCGACACAUUACCCAUCAAACCCCUUUCGCACCUCUUCGACUCGACCAGUCCCCACACCCUGUCCGCGUGUCCGGACAUCGGAUGGCCCGACUGUUUCAACUCAGGUGUAAUGGUCAUCCGACCGCAGGAAUCGGACUUUGAGAGCUUGUGGAAAGCAAUGCGGACCGAGGACAGCAGCUUUGACGGUGCUGAUCAAGGCUUAUUGAACCAGUACUUCUCGGAGGACGGUACUGGGGAGACAUGGAACAGACUUCCCUUCACCGCAGCCUAUCAGUACGCCCCGGCGUACAAAUACUACGCGAACAAAAUCAGCAUCCUGCACUUUAUCGGGACGAAGAAACCGUGGCAGAGCCUCGCAUCCCGCGCUGCCGGGUCGAAGAGUCAAUCUACCAACCCCUUCGACUACAGCAGAUUACUGGACCUCUGGUAUGAUGUGUACGACAGGUUUGUAAGGCCCUCCACAGCCUCCCAGCCAGAUAUCGCUCGGCGUUUCGAAGUGCCCCAGCACAUCUCUGUGUGGAACCAACCCCAGGUCGCUGGCACCCCGGACGGGAGAAUGAGUCUAGAGGACCUAAAGGCGUCCACCCUCUCCGGAGUGGCCGCCAUGAAGCAGGAUCGCUACAUGUCAAUGCCCCUCGAAGGUCGAGUCGACUUGUUGAUGCCCAAGGGUGACACCGCAAGCUCACCCGACCAUAGCGACCGGGACCGGGACAUUCUGCACGGCAAACCCGCUGCGUCUGUCAACCACACGGAUGCCGACUCGACCAAUCCUCCUCAGACGAUUGUGCGGACUCGCAAGGAUAUCGAGCAACAAAACCUUGAGAGUCCGGCCGAAAAAUCAGCUUGGGAUGCGGCUCAUUACCCCCCACCGAAGAAUAGCCGACCGGAGAUGGCUAUUCCUAUGACAACAAUCUAUGCCCCGGCGUGGGAUGAGCCCUCAAGCGCUUCUGCCGUCUACUUUGAGGGAAUGGUAGAGACAUCACUCGACUACCCUACGCUCCCUGAAAACGUCCUGUCGAAUGACUGGUAUGGAGACAUCACAGCGACGCGGCCGGACCCUCGAAUGGUAUCGAACGUGUUUCCUUGGGAGAGCGAUGCUCAGAGCCGCCCCGCAGCGACUCGACGAUUCCCCCAAGAUCGCCCGGCGGAGGACGCCCUGCGCGAUGCGCUGCCGUCUGGCGACCUGCGCAGCCCCGAAAGCUCCUCAGAAAGCGCUUCAGAGGCACACAGCACCGAACACAACCGUUCUCAACUUCACGGCGCAUCUGAGGGUGGCCGGAAUGAGCAUACCGAGUCGGGUGCCUCCAACAGGUGUCACCCCGCUCUCAGCUUUGCUGAAUCCAUGGCCUCAUAUACAAACGCUUGGGAUGAGGUUGCGUCCAUCCACACAUAUGCUCAGCGGUUAACCGCAUUGGGCAUCGGUGUCGAGCGCCGUGCGCAAACGAGUGGGUUGGAGACCACAGUAGGAACUCCUCGAGGGACCUCCACGCCCGCGCCAGCAUAUCAAGACCAUCCCUCGAGGCGCCGCUCGCCUUCAUCUAGCAGUGCUGACGGGGACGAUGAAGACGAGAGGGGCCGUGGUCUUCAUGCGAAGGCGAGCCGCAGGCGCACUCCUACGUACAGGGACAGGGAAGCCCAAACGGAGCGCCUUGGUGUAGAUGCCAUGGUGCAGACCACGACGGGACCGCCGGAGGCUGUAGGAGGGCGUGCGCCCCUCACUGUCAGCCCUGCUGAGGCGCCACGUCCAUCGCACUCCCGGCAGCAUUCCAGUCGUUCAUGGAACCCCACUACGGACAUCGAUUUAAGAAGGCAGGAUUCUGCAGAGGUCCUCCAUCGACUCAUGAAGACAAAUGUUGGGCCGGGCUUGGGGACGUGA